GUCCCGCUCGCAGUACCGGCUGUUAGAUGAACAUACCUGACGCCUGCAUUCGUGAGGAGGGAACUGUAAAUAGGUGCUCCACCCAUCUUGCUUCUCCAGAUCCUAACUGAAGGGUCACCCGCACCGUUUCUCCUGGCGAUACGCAUCCUCACCCCUCCAAGCUUGCACUUGCCGGGAAACGCAGUUGACAGAAUUUCCUUCUCCGUCGUCUUGUCGUUUGUACUGCCAUCUUCAGCUGUUCAAGCCGAGCCACUAAUAAUAGCAGCACUCCAUUCAGCCUUGUUCUGUAAACAAGCUAGGUGACAUACCUGUCGUAAGUGUGAAACAAAGUGUUCAGUUGCAUUACUUUUCUGUCAAGCUCCUGGAAAAGAAGGAAGGAUGGCUAAGAUUGUGCUAGGCGGAAAAUAGAACGUGGCUGAGACCUGUUUGGAGACCCACCGUCUAAAGGACAAGUAAAGCCUGACAGGAAGAAGAUUUAUGGCAUGCAUCAUGAUGGAACUGUGCUGGAGGCUAUGUGUCUGCUUUUUUUGCUAUCAAGUUGUCUCCGGAAGAGUUAAGAGGGAGGGGCAUUAUGUUGCUGCUGUGUAUGAACACCAGUCCAUACUGAGUCCUAACCCAACAGUUCUCGUUGAUCGACAGUCUGCAUUGGAACUAAUGGGCAGAAACCUAGACAUCUAUGAACAGCAAGUAGUGGCUGCUGCAGGACAAGGGGCACAGAUCAUUGUUUUCCCUGAAGAUGGAAUCCAUGGCUUCAACUUCACCAGAAGAUGUAUUUAUCCUUACUUAGAUCUUGUUCUGCAUUCGCGCUUUGUGAAAUGGAAUCCAUGCAGAGAGCCGCAUUUGUUCAAUGACACAGAGGUUCUUCAGCGGCUAAGCUGCAUGGCACUGAAGAACAAAAUAUUCCUUGUGGCAAACUUAGGAACUAAGGAACCGUGUGAGCACGUUGAUCCUCACUGUCCAUCUGAUGGAAGAUACCAGUUCAAUACCAACGUGGUGUUCAACGACUAUGGUAUGCUGGUAGCUACAUAUCGCAAACGCAAUCUGUAUUUUGAAUACGCUUUUGAUGCCCCUCCAGAGGCUGACUAUACACUCUUCGAUACCCCUUUUGCUGGCAAGUUUGGCAUGUUCACUUGCUUUGAUAUACUCUUCUUUGAGCCUGCAGUGAACCUUGUCCGACAAUACAAUGUGAAACAAGUUGUAUAUCCAACUGCUUGGAUGAACCAGCUCCCACUCCUGUCUGCUGUAGAAUUUCAGCAAGCUUUUGCAACAGCUUUCAACAUCAAUAUUUUAGCAGCUAACAUCCACCACCCUACCCUGGGCAUGACAGGGAGUGGCAUAUACACUCCAGUGAAAUCAUUCAUCUACCACAACAUGAAAAGUUUUGGUGGCAAACUCAUCGUGGCAGAAAUCCCAGUGGUUACUGCAGAUUACAAAACCAAUCAUCUGGAGAGUAACAAAAUAUUCAGAGAGAACUUAUAUCACUCAUACAAGAUGUUUACAAGCACCUCAACAGAUGAUCAGGUUUGCUACAAGGAGGAACAAGAGGCCCCCUGCAGAGUAUCAGAGAAAGGAAAUGAAGAGUCAUCUCCCCCAUUUUAUGCAGAAAUGAUGUAUGACAAUUUCACUUUUGUUCCUGUAUGGGGAAACAAAGGAGACCUUGAGGUUUGUGCCAACACCCUCUGUUGUUACUUAAAUUAUCAGAGAGCUGUUUUAACUGAUGAAUUAUAUGCUUUGGGAGUUUUUGAUGGGCUCCAUACAGUGCAUGGCACGUACUAUGUUCAGGCCUGUGCAUUAGUAAAGUGCGGUGGUCUCAGCUUUAGCACUUGUGGACAGGAGGUCACAGAUGCCACUGCUGUGAUAGAUUUCCAGCUAUGGGCAAAUAUGAGUACUCCUUAUAUCUUUCCUUUACUGCUGACAUCUGGUAUUACUUUGGACUUUGCUGACAACAUGGGCUGGAAAAACAACCACUAUUUCAUAAGCAAAAAUAGAACAUCAUCUGGCCUGCUGACAGCUGCUCUAUAUGGACGAUGGUAUGAAAAGGACUAGCACAGAUAUUUGACUGAAUCAGAAAACAAGCGCCCAGAUUUUCAAAGCAUAUAUCUUAACAUGAGUUGUUGGACGUCUAUAUUUCCUAGAACUUCAGGUAUUUGCUUAUACAUGACUGUCCUGUUACGUUUCACGUUUGAAAUGAUAAAGUACUAAAUCUAAAAGGCUGUAAAUCAUAGUUUGCAUCUUGGAAACUCACAUCCUACCAGAAGUAACAGAACUGCCUUGCAAACCAAGAGCUCAUCAUAAUGUAUCGAGAUACUUUGUAUUAGGAAAAUAAUGUUUCUUAUUUUAGCUGAAUUUUCUUAUUUUCAUUUAUAAUCCUUUGGGUUUUCUGGGGUCCCAGCUAGGGCUAUCUUAAAAUCAAGUCUCUUUCUUCCUCAGCAUACGUUUGCUGAUUCCACUUUUGCUUUUAUUAUUAAAUCUAGCUGUGAAUUUCAAAGGGGUGAUUGCCCCCCUUCAACUUAGCAGAAAUUCAAUUAAAUGGAAUGAGUGAAUUCAUGCUCUAAUCUUGCUGCGUAAAAAAUGCAGCCAGUUGUGGUUUCUUUCAUGUUUGCUGAUGACUGCUGAAGAAUUACAUUUCAACUUUGUUAUUUUAAUGAGAAAUGCAGAAAUUGUCGUAAUAAAUAUAUACAUAUUUACAAUCCCA